AUGGCGGAGAUUCUCGAGAAGAUAAAUGAGCUCCGAGAGCUACCCGAAGAACAGCAUCUGUUCUGUCCUCGCGUCGGCGACGACGGAUCAGUAUACUAUGAUGAAGACGUUGCCGCGUAUCCGCCCGAAACCGAUGCCAACGAACUCGCCGACCGCAAGCUCAAGCUUCUAGCUGCCGAAGACCGGAAAUGGACAGCCCUCAAGGCAGCCGAGAUAUUGGCCUUCGACGGGGAGGAAGCAGCGCCACACAAAGAAUGGCUCGUCAGCCGCCUCAACAGCCUCAUGCAAAGCUGCGAUGUCUGCGUGAGAGUCUUCCACCAGAGCAGAGCAGAAUGGCGAACACGGCUGAUUGAUUCCUACGACGAGGACAACAUUGGGGACUUUCUACAAGUAGUAGACAACCAAUGCCUGGGUCGCAUACAAAAGGGCUUGGACGAGGCCAACGAGAUACUGAGUAAAGCUGAGCCCAAGACGCGCUCAGUCCGCCUGCUACCUAACGAAUGCACAUAUGGUUUCUUCGAAGCGCUUAGCUGCGACGCCCUAAUACGGAACGAGGAACUCCUCCAACGACAUUUCGAUGCACCAUUCGACAUGGUCCAAACGAAGAAGCGGCUGAAGAUUCAGACAUACCUUCCGGCCAUGACCCGUUUCUUAUUCUCUAGGGUUGAUAGGCGGCAUAAAUGGGCGACAGAGUCCUGGUCUACCUUCAAGCGGAAUAUACUCAAGUCCGAGUGGGAGUGGGCUGUACGGGAUUACGUCACAAGUGUCAUGAUGAAGGUCCAAAUGAGCAAUCUGGAUUUAUCCGUGGUACCACUCUUUUGGGGCGGCAUGCGGCUCAUAGUAGCAAAGAUGGACAGGGAGCUGAUCACCGACUCGUUGCGCGGCCUUGACGGAGACUUCUAUCGUCUGAUGCUUGAUCAUCUUUCACUAAAGUCCGAAGGCUUUCUGGAUCUGAUUGCGACCAUGAAGCAGUUACUAGAAAAAUCCCCCAUCGAUUACUGGGAUGGCAUGAAUGCCGUAACUUCCUCAAUCGCUACAGUGGUAGAACAAGUGUUCAACAGCCCGAUCCUGAAUCAACUCCUUCUCGCAACUGCAGAGGGGAACGAACAGAAUAUGAACAACCUUCAUGCUGCCUUCAGCUGGAUUCCGGUCUUCCUGGACUCCAUCAAGCUAUCCAAUCUUGGACCGGCGGUCCGGCCAUUUGCACACGCGUUGCUCGGUCGCUUCCAGUCUGAUCGGUACCCCCCAGUGGCUCGAGCCUACUGCUACAAGGAAGGUCUGAAAGUUUUAGAUUAUACCUUUCGCAAGAUGGGAGAAGGUAAAGGCAUCGACAAGUUUGUUGGGCAGCCAACCGUCAACGGCAUGCUGGAUCUGCUAUCAACCUUCAUACAGUCCCUCGUCACAAGCCUCAAAAACUUCAAACACAACAAGGAAAAUCAAGAGGAUAUGCAACUGACCCUUUCGGUGAUCGAGCAUGCGUUCAAGCUGGAAGCACAGUCCCUCAUUAUCGAGAGGCAACUUAUCUCUGCAAAAGCACCAUCGCCCACCCAAACACCGCCAUCCAGUCCUAUAUGGAAGACAGUUCUACGAGCAAUAGGUCCAGACAGCUUAGAGCUUGCAACGCAUCUUCUGAUUGCUGGCAGGGGCCUGAUCGGGCUCGAACCACUUCAGAUGAAGUCAGGUGUCGACAAGGUACCCCCAGAGGUACGACACUUCAACGAUCGAUUCCGGCUGCUCUCUCAAUCAAUCACCGAUGUCGUGGAGAAGAUGUCAGAAUUUGAGCCCACCCUAUUACAAGCCUUGUUCGGACAACAGCCUGCAGCGAGUGCCAUCGUUUCCCUGAUGUUCUCGUCCACAGAAGAUACGCGCAACUCUGCUAUCGAGCUGUUGAAGGUCAUAAGUGGAGAAGAGGAACGUCGUGGCGCUUUGCAACACAUCUUGAGAGCUCAUUAUAGGCACGUCGUUCGGGGUAUCUCAGAUUCAGUUCGGCAGGUUCGACUCAAGAAGGCGUUUGCACCUGCACCAAGUAUGAUCCGAACAUGCACAGAUAUCAUCGACAUUAUUUGCAACUCUCAAGACGGAAUUUUGCGAGGCCGGGAAUACGACUCUGGUGAUGCUGCAGCGACGAUGAAUCUAUGGGAGAAUCUAUGGGAUUCACUUACGAUGAUUUUCGCCACUACUGAAGCCUGGAGCAACUUGGGUUUCUACGACAAAAACAUGAUGAUGGACUUUUGCCGAGACACUAUGCAAUUCGCUGAUGUGUUGUUCGACCAAUGCAGCAUCUUUGCUACUGCCCUGAAGCCGCCUUCUUCCGAUGAAGAUGAAACAACAUCGAAGACCGCUCUCCUCAAAGAGCUUUUGGCACAGCCGGCGAAUGCCAUGGAGGGUCUGGCGAAAUGGCUCCGUCUUCGUGACGAGUUCUUGUCUAGCAAGUCUGUCACUUUGAUCAGCAAGCUUCUUGUUCGGCUGCAUCGUGUGUCUAUCGACAUUGAUUCCAACGCUCUUUCAUACAUGGAACGCGUGCUCUCAGGAGACGUCCGCGCGAAGCUGAGCGACACGCAACAAGCUGAGCUGCAACAAGCGCUCGAGGAGCAUCUCGGCCGCCCACUCGUGAAGGAAGAGGAGCCCGCAAAACCCAAGCAAGCCAUGAUCAGCAAAUGGAUGGCUCCGGGUGCGACACAGUCACCAGCAGACGCCAAAGCAAAAUUGCUUGCUAGUAUGACUUCUGGAUCUAGUAAGUUUCAGGAACGGCGGGAGCAGAUGAGAGCAUCUGAAACGAAGGCCGCCCAGCAGAAAGCUCUCGACGAUAAGAAGAGUGCCCAACAGGCCGAAUUCAAACGCAAGCGGCAGCUUGCACUACAACAGCGGGAGAAAGAGAAGGCCGCUGCGAUCGCUAAGUUGAAGGCAGCUAGGGGCGUCUCAAAUCACGUUGCCGAAGCUGGCUCAGGUCUUGAGGGCCUGGGUGUGUUAGGCAAAGAUCAGGCUGCAAAAGGAGAAGGCUUAAUGCAUUCUUCCGACGAGUCAUCGGACGAAGAAGGCGAUAUUGAUGAAGACCUCUUUGGCAUCAAGAAGACCAAAGUCAAGACUGGACCCAAGACAAACAUUGUUAACGAAGUCAAAAUCCAAAUGCCGACGAAGAAAAAGCGGGCUCAGCGUUCUGCCAAAGACAUGCGCGCUCGUCUGGCGCCUGAUCUGAGCAGCCUUCAUCGAACUAUUCUCAGCUGGAACUACUUCCACGAGGGUCCGUUCCCGCCCAAGUCCCGGCCGGACAUGUAUUCCAAGGUCCUCAGUACUUUCCGCACACCCAACGAUUACCAAAAUACCUUCGAACCGCUUCUGACCCUAGAAGCAUGGCAAGGUUUCGUCAAAGCUCGUGAGGAGAACCAAGCUAAGCCCUAUGAAAUAAGGUUAACUUCGCGAGCCGCUGUCGACAUGUUCCAAGAAGUCGGCAGUACGAUGACUCAUGUUGAGAAUAAGGAAGUUUUCAUCUCAGAAGGUGACAUUAUACUCUUUGCCAAAUCCAAGUCACCCUCUGCGGAUGAGCCAACAUGUCUCGCCAGGGUGUUCCGUGUGAAGAGAAAGCAGCAACACAUCGAAGUCUCGUACCGCGUAGUACCUGGUAACCCUCUCUCGACCGCACUGCAACCAAACAAUACGAUUCUGGGCUUCAAACUCGAGUCAAUCACAUCUCUAGAGCGCGAGUACGGUGCGCUGAAAGGUCUCCAGUAUUACGAUCUGUGUGACGAAAUUAUCCGGGCGAAGCCUUCUCCGCUUUUGACCUACAAGGAUAACCAGAUCCAGCCACUCAUUUCUAAUUACAAUGUGAAUCCGGCACAAGCGAAAGCUAUCAAAUCCGCCAUCGACAAUGAUGCGUUCACUUUGAUCCAAGGACCGCCCGGUUCCGGAAAGACGAAAACCAUCACUGCUAUUGUAGGAGCUAUCUUGAGCGAUAGCCUUCGAAACCGCGGUACUGCGAUCGCUGUUCCUGGCCAACAAAACUCGAAUGCUGCUCAGAAGAAGCUACUGGUCUGCGCGCCCAGUAACGCGGCCGUGGACGAGUUGGUCAUGCGUUUCAAAGAUGGCAUCAAAACCCUCAAUGGCGAGUCGCGCAAACUCAACAUCGUACGUUUAGGUCGAGGAGACGCCAUUAAAGCCAGCGUACAAGAUGUGACCCUGGAAGAGCUUGUCAAUAAACGCCUCGGUGUUGACUCAUCGAACGGCAACGAUCGAGAAGCGACACAGAAGCUCUUCCAGGAACACAAACAAGUCUCUGAUCAAUUGAAACAAGCCUAUCAGCAACGAGAUACCGGUGAGACUAAAGGAGAAGCUGCGGCCAAGCUGGACGACGACAUCAACGCGCUACGCAGGCGCAAGACAGCCUUGGGAACCAAGAUUGACAAUGUCAAGGAUGACGAGAAGCUUGCCAGUCGUAACGCAGACCUGAACAGACGACGUGCACAAGAAGCUGUUCUGAACGACGCGCACGUUAUCUGUGCGACACUCAGCGGUUCUGGACACGAAAUGUUCCAAGGGCUAAGUAUCGAGUUCGAAACUGUCAUUGUCGACGAGGCUGCUCAGUGUGUUGAGAUGAGUGCACUUAUUCCUCUCAAGUACGGUUGCGCCAAGUGUAUCCUGGUUGGAGAUCCAAAGCAACUUCCUCCAACAGUCUUCUCGGACAAGGCGAAAGGUUUCCAAUAUGAGCAGAGUUUGUUCGUUCGCAUGCAAAAGAAUCACCCAGACGAUGUGCAUCUGUUGGACACACAAUACCGUAUGCACCCGGAAAUCAGUUUGUUUCCUAGCCGAACGUUUUACGAUGGUCGCCUCCUGGAUGGCGACGACAUGGCUGGUCUACGUCAACGACCAUGGCAUCAGAGUAUGUUGCUUGGACCUUACCGCUUCUUCGAUGUCCAAGGUCAACACCAGGCUGCUCCAAAGGGCCAUUCGCUCAUAAAUAUCGCUGAGAUCAAUGUCGCGAUGCAGCUGUACAAACGAGUCACUUCCGACUACCCCGAUUAUGAUUUCAAAGGCAAGAUUGGCAUAAUCACACCUUACAAGAGCCAACUGCGCGAGCUGAAACAGCGUUUUAUGAACGCAUACGGUCAGAAUAUCAUUGAAGACAUUGAUUUCAAUACCACAGAUGCUUUCCAAGGUCGUGAAAGCGAGAUCAUCAUCUUCUCCUGCGUACGAGCCUCCCCAGCAGGCGGCGUUGGUUUCCUCCAGGACAUUCGGCGUAUGAACGUCGGUCUCACACGUGCCAAAUCGUCUCUUUGGGUCCUAGGAAACUCUGACUCGCUUAUGCGAGGAGAAUUCUGGAAGAAGCUUAUAGUAGACGCGAAGGAGAGGAAGCGGUUCUCUGCUCAAGACGUGCCAAAGAUGCUGAACCAACAUUCCAGUAAAUUUCCGGCACCAAAAGAAGGUUAUGUACAACCUCACCGUCCUACAACAGAGGUUAAACCAGAGGUCAAACCAGAAGUCAAACUAGAAGUGAAGUCGGAGCCCAUGAGCAGGUCUGCAAGCAACCAGUCUAGUACAUCUUCAGGCUCUGACUCGAAGUCUAUCAAACAAGAGGUCAAGACGGAAACAAACGACGAACAAAUACUGGUACAUCACGAAAAGCGGAAGUUUCAAGACAUCGCUGGUCUUGAUAAAAUCAAGCUUGAGAGUAGCGAUGCAGAAAUGGAGGAUGCUCCAUCUGAUUCUGCCUCCAACACAAUGAAUGGAGGCAGUGGCCGAUCAACACCUGCCGCUAUUGCCGAUGCAUCGCGCAAGAGCUCGACACCCAGUGGAGAGACAAGCAACGGGACGAAUGGUGUGGUCGCUCCCCCGCCCGGAGAUGUCAUCGGCGGCAUGUCGAUGGUAAAGCCUAAAAUCCGUAGGCGGCCUCGUGAACCACCAAACCCUUUCAUCAAAAAUAAGAAGCCAAGGAACGGCUGA